AUGCCAGUUAAGAAAGAGUCAUCCCAAAAGACGAGGCGAUGGCAUCGCAAGUCAAAGGGUGGAUGCCACGAAUGUAAGCGUCGUAGGAAGAAGUGCGAUGAGAGAGCACCGUCUUGUACAAGAUGCGUUUCAGGCUUCUUGGAAUGUAUAUAUCUCUCCAAAAAUCCUUUAACUAGGUUGAUGAGCGUCGAUCAGCCUCUGAUCCAAGGGGUUUCAACCGCAUCUGAUAAACGAUCCUGGAGCGCUCCGGUACCGUCAGAGGUGUUUCCAAUAUCUCGAUAUCUGGAUCGAGCCUUUUCAUACCGACAAGAGACAUUCAUGAAUGGACAUACUACGAGCUUCCUGACGGACACCUACCUUUGUCAAUACUACUUGUAUUACCUCUGUCCUAAUUUAAGCAUCAGCCAGGGCGACUCCACCUCGCAUUCUGGGCCUCUAAAGAUGCCUAGUUCAGCGCUACGAAGUGAGGCGGUCUAUCACUCUCUUCUUGCGGUCUCUGCAGUACGUUUGGCGUGGGACAUGAUUUUCAAGAGCCCAUAUCCCAAGGCCAGCGCAGUCUAUCAGGUCCUACUGCGUGGUUAUCAGCACUUGGGCCAGGCAAGUGACAGGAUGAGAAAGACUUUAUCAGACUCCGGAAGCACUGACUUGGAAUCUCUCAUCACCAGCACCCUGGUACUGGUGCCAUUUGCGGCAGCGAGUCAACAGAUCGACCAUUGGAUUUCAAGCAGAUCUAAAACAGAGCAAUCGAACGUCAGGCUCUCGUCGACCCCGCGAAAUAUGAUAACAUUUGUCAGAGGAAUGAGAGGGAUGCUGGAAGUGCUUCCCCCAGAUUUGUCGGUAGUGGGAUACGAUAAUCUUGCUAAUAUUAGCCAAGGAAUGAACAAGGCUACAAGAACAGCAUUUGGCAGUACUGAGUCAUCUGCGUCCAAGGAAAUUCCCUCCACGAGCAAGACAAUCACUGUCGGUAGUCGUCAAGCUCUCGUUCGACUCGGCUUGCGGCUCAACUCACUGUGCUCCGAGUACAACGAUCCACUCAACCACGAACUAAUCGCUUGCAAAAAGGCGUUCGAGGUCUUGGAACAAAUAAGAGACGGUGUGGAACCUGUGCUGGAUUUUUCCAAGCCAGGCUAUCUCUCCCCUCGCAUUUCGAUCCCAUCACGAUCACCCUCAUGGCUUCGAUCCUUCAUCUGCCUUCCAUGCGAGCUCGGAGGCACCACCCUACUGCCACACGACCCAUUGACUCGUCUCCUCCUAUCCUUCUACGCCCAAGUUCCCCAGCAAUACCUCGACAUCGUCCUCCCCUUGCUCGACCAGCGCUUGGAGACUCCUGCUGACCCUUUCUCGGACUGGUUGGCAUUAGGUCUGAGUCGAACACAAGCCUUUGCGCUGGACGUGUACGCGCAUUGGUCAGUACUGAUGUCUCUAGUGGAAGAGCAGUCCUGGUGGAUUGGAAGAUUGCCUGUGACUACACUUGAUGGUUCAGUAAACCGAUACGGGACAGCUUUUGCAAGGCGGCUGUGGCCAGAGUGUGGGGAGCAGGAGGAGUGGUGGCCGGGAGAGAUGCUGCGCGUGCUGCGAAAUGCCGAAAGAAUGGUACUUAAAGGUGUUGAAAAAGACAACUAA